AAGUUCUUUCGGGAACGUCGAACAUCCCUCUAUUGUUGUAUCGAUUGCGGUGCAUUUGUGCAUGGCGUUGAACUUGUGUACUCUUUGAGCCUUAAAAUCUUCAACAAUGAAGAUAGAAGAAGUUAAGAGUAACACGAAGACUCAGCGUAUCGCAGCCCACAGUCAUGUCAAAGGACUCGGGAUUGACGAAAAUGGCAUGGCAAUUCCUGUUGCCUGCGGCUUGGUCGGCCAGGAACAAGCGCGGGAGGCGGCGGGAAUCGUUGUGGAGAUGAUAAAGUCUAAGAAGAUGGCUGGCAGGGCCGUUCUUCUGGCAGGACCUCCAGGCACUGGAAAGACCGCCAUUGCCCUUGCAAUAUCCCAAGAGCUGGGAAACAAAGUGCCAUUCUGUCCUAUGGUUGGCAGCGAAGUGUAUUCAUCCGAGGUGAAGAAAACUGAAGUGCUGAUGGAAAACUUCAGACGGGCCAUCGGUUUACGGAUCAAGGAAACCAAGGAAGUGUACGAAGGUGAAGUAACAGAACUGACACCGUGCGAGACUGAGAAUCCUAUGGGCGGUUAUGGCAAGACUGUCAGUCACGUCAUAAUUGGCCUCAAGACUGCCAAGGGCACCAAGCAGCUGAAGUUGGACCCUACAAUUUACGAGAGUCUGCAGCGCGAGAAGGUUGAGGUCGGCGAUGUCAUCUACAUUGAGGCUAACAGCGGGGCUGUCAAGAGACAAGGAAGAUCUGAUGCUUAUGCUACAGAGUUUGAUCUUGAGGCAGAAGAGUACGUGCCACUACCCAAGGGAGACGUUCACAAGAAGAAGGACGUCAUACAGGAUGUGACGUUGCACGACCUGGAUGUUGCCAACGCCAGGCCCCAGGGUGGCCAGGAUAUCUUGUCCAUGAUGGGCCAACUGAUCAAGCCUCGCAAGACAGAAAUCACUGAUAAGCUGCGCAAGGAGAUCAACAAGGUGGUGAACAAGUACAUCGAUCAGGGCAUCGCUGAGUUGGUGCCUGGAGUGCUCUUUGUGGACGAGGUCCACAUGUUGGACAUUGAGUGCUUCACCUACCUCCACCGGGCCCUCGAGUCCUCCAUAGCACCCAUUGUCAUCUUUGCAACCAACCGUGGCCGUUGCACUAUUCGGGGAACUGAAGACGUCGUUUCACCCCAUGGUAUCCCCUUGGACUUAUUGGAUCGGCUGUUGAUUGUGAGGACAAUGCCGUACACGAGAGAAGAAAUGGUUCAGAUUCUCAGGAUAAGGGCACAGACAGAAGGCAUAGAGAUUGACGAGGAGUCCCUGCAGGAACUGGGAGAAAUCGGAACACGCACAACACUCAGAUAUGCAGCGCAGCUCCUGAGUCCGUCAAGCCUACUCGCCAAGGUAAAUGGUCGGACAUCCAUCCGAAAAGACGACGUCAAGGAGGUCAACGACCUCUUCCACGAUGCCAAGUCCUCCGCCAAGAUUCUGGCAGAAAACAACGACAAAUACAUGAAGUGAAGAGCCCGUCACAGCGUUUGAUGCUCUGCGAGCACCGUCAGCACUACCACCACCGUUUCUUGUGUUUAAAGCCAUUAAAACCUGCAUCACCUCCUCA